AUGGACGGCACGCAGCAGUCAAAUAAGGCCCAUCGAGGUGGCACUAGAAAGACCACUGCUAAGCAGAAAUUGCAUCAACAUGGACAGAAUAAGAAAGCAUUUGCGGUAAGCGCACCAAGAAAGUUGGAAAGAAUGGCAAAGAGAUCGCUGGAAGUUAAUGAGAGGAAAUUACAUGUUCCAAUGGUUGAUAGGACUCCCGAUGAUGAUCCACCACCAGUUAUUGUAGCAGUGGUAGGACCACCAGGAACUGGUAAAUCAACAUUAAUUAAAUCAUUAAUAAGAAGGCUUGCAAAGACGUCAUUGACCGAAAUUAAAGGACCAAUUACCGUUGUAAGUGGUAAAAGAAGAAGAUUAACGUUCAUUGAAGUUGGAAAUGAUUUGAACUCAAUGGUCGAUGCGGCAAAAAUUGCUGACUUAGUCUUAUUACUUGUUGAUGGUAAUUUUGGAUUAGAAAUGGAAACUAUGGAAUUCUUGAAUGUUGCUCAGCAUCAUGGUAUGCCUAGAGUUUUAGGGGUUGCUACGCAUUUAGAUUUGUUUAAAUCUCAAUCCACUUUAAGAACAUCUAAGAAGAGAUUGAAGCAUCGUUUCUGGACUGAAGUAUAUCAAGGUGCUAAGUUAUUCUAUUUAUCAGGAGUUAUAAAUGGUCGUUAUCCUGAUAGAGAAAUUCUUAAUUUGACUCGUUUCAUAUCUGUCAUGAAGUUUAGACCUUUGAAAUGGAGAAAUGAGCACCCUUACUUAUUGGCUGAUAGAGUAACUGAUCUUACGCAUCCUCAAGAAAUUGCCGAAAACCCAAAAUGUGAUAGAAAAGUGGCUAUUUAUGGCUACUUGCACGGUACUCCAUUACCGUCCGUGAAUGCUCACGUUCAUAUUGCUGGUGUGGGUGAUCAUUAUGUCCACUCUGUUGAAAAAUUACCAGACCCUUGCCCAACUCCAUAUUUUGAACAGAAGUUAGAUGAAAUAGAACGAGAAAAGGCAAAGCUUGCCGCUGAGUCGGGUGAGAUUCAAGCAAAAACCACGAGAAGACGUAAGAGAUUGGAGGAUAAACAAAAAAUUAUUUAUGCCCCAAUGUCUGAUGUAGGAGGUGUUUUAGUCGAUAAGGAUGCAGUAUAUAUUGACAUGGGUGAUAAAGAAAAUUUCAUAAAAGGAGAAGAAGCAGGAGAAGGGGAAAAAUUAGUGACAGAUUUGCAAGAAGUACAAAAGACAAUGAAAGAAAGAUUUGAAGAUGGUCCUGGUUUAAGAUUAUUCUCUAGUUCUAAGGAAUUAAAUCGUAAUGAAGAUGAAGAUGAAAGUGAGGAAGAGAAAGGUUUGUUAUCAGAAGACGAUGAACUUGAAGAAGCUCCAAGAAAUACGGGAAGAACAUCUAUGAGGUCAGCCCGUCUCUAUGGCAAGUCUUUAGCAGAAGAUGAUGAAUUCGACAAUUUAUCGGAUGACGAAGAGCGUGGAUAUGAUUCAGAAUCUGAAGAACCUAAAUUAGUUGAAGUUGAUUUCAACAAUGAUAAAUAUAAUGAAAAAGAAUUAGAAUUUGCAGAAGAUUCGUAUUUAUCUUCUGAUGAAGAAAAUGGUAAUGACUACAAGUUGGCUGCGUCUAGAUUAAAUGGUUCUGUUCAAAGAAAAUGGGACAUCAACAAAUUGUUAUACUUACAAAACAUUGAUCCAUCAGAUGUCAUUAAAAAGUGGAAAGCUACAAAUAUAGACGAGGAUAGCGAAGAAGAAGAUAUUGAAGAGGAAGAUGAUGCUUUCUUCCGAAAGAAAGACAUUAAGGAUUCUUCUCAAGAUUUAGAUCAGUUCAUUCCUUCUUAUCCUCCUCUCGAAGAACUCAAAGAGAAAUUUAAUACUUCUACCAUUGAAGAUGAUGAUGAUGAAUAUGAGAAUGGGUACAGAAUAUUAAAAUCGAAGUUUUUAGCAGCACCAAAAUUGAAUGACGAGAAUAAAGACGGUCAAGACGGAACAAAUGAAGAAGAUGACGAUGAAGAAGUAUAUGGUGAUUUUGAAGAUUUGGAAUCAGGAAAUUCUGAUGAGAAUAUAGACAAGAAGCUGGAUCAGAAUGAUGAUGAUGAAUUUGCAGACUUCGAUGCUGAAGAAGAGAAAGCAGAGUUAGGAUUAGAUGAAGAUGAAGAAGACGAAGAAGAAAGCAAAGAACUUGAAAACUUGACAACAGAAGAGAAGAGAAAAUUAAAUGCAGCAAAUAAAGCUAAAUUAAAGUUGCAGUUUGAAGAAGAAGAAGAUCGCGAGUUUGGUGUUGAUGACCCAGAGGGCGAUACUGAAGCCGACACUUGGUACGAAUUCCAGAAAAACAAGAUGGCUAAACAAUUAGAAAUAAAUAAAGCGGAAUUUGAGGAGAUGGAUUCUGCAACUAGAAUUAGGAUUGAAGGUUAUAAAGCAGGUUCCUACGUAAAGUUGGUAUUUUCUAAUUUACCAUGUGAAUUCAUUGAAAAUUUGCAACCUGAAUAUCCAAUUGUAUUAGGUGGUUUAUUAGCAACAGAAUCGAGAUUUGGUAUCAUGAAUGUUAGAAUAAGAAGACAUCGUUGGCAUAAGAAGAUCUUGAAAUCUCAAGAUCCAUUGAUUUUAUCUUUGGGAUGGAGAAGAUUUCAAACAUUGCCAAUUUAUACCACAUCUGACUCCAGAACACGUAAUAGAAUGCUUAAAUACACACCAGAGCAUGCUUACUGUUUUGCAUCAUUUUAUGGACCUUUGGUUGCACCAAAUACAACAUUUGUCGGCUUCAAUAUAGUAUCAAACUCAUCAACAACGGGUUCAUUUAGGAUCGCUGCUACAGGUAUUGUGGAAGACUUAAAUUCAUCGGUUGAAAUUGUAAAGAAGUUGAAAUUGGUUGGUCAUCCUUACAAGAUUUUCCGUAAUACUGCAUUUAUAAAGGACAUGUUUUCCAAUUCUUUGGAAGUUGCUAAGUUUGAAGGAGCAUCCAUAAGAACUGUUUCUGGGAUUAGAGGUGAAAUUAAAAGAGCCUUGUCUAAACCUGAAGGCCACUUCAGAGCUACCUUUGAAGAUAAAAUUCUUAUGUCCGAUACUAUUUUCUUAAAGACAUGGUAUCCGGUUAAGGUCAAAAAGUUUUACAAUCCUGUCACGUCAUUAUUAUUAAGUCAACAUUCUGAAUGGCAAGGUAUGAGAUUAACAGGUCAAGUUAGAGCAGAACGUGGAGUAGCUACACCAUUAAAUGCUGAUAGUGCUUAUAAAAAGAUCGAAAGAACUGAAAGAAAGUUUAACCCAUUAAGAGUUCCAAAGUCAAUCAAAACUACUUUACCGUUCAAGUCUCAAAUACAUGAAAUGAAACCUCAAAAGAAACAAACAUAUAUGUCAAAGAGAGCUGUUGUUUUAGGAGGUGAAGAAAAGAAAGCUAGAGACUUGAUGCAAAAGAUCGCCACUGUUAGAAAGGAAAAAGACACGAAGAGGAAGGCAAAGAAGGAUGAAAAGUUCAAAGAUAAAUUGAAAGCUAUGGCAAAGAAGCAAGAAAUUAGAAAAGAAAAAGAAAAAGAGCGUAAGAAGGAAUACUUUUCGAGAGAAGGUAAGAAAAGAUCUUUAGGCUCUAGUGACGGGAAUAGUGAAGCUUUCGGUAAGAAAAAGCGUAUAUAA